AUGGCCGCUGUCAGACAGCGUUUUUGGCCACUUUCCCUUCGUUCCGCCGUACGAAAAAUUGUUAGAAAUUGUGUGAUAUGCUUCAAGGCCAGACCGAUUCAGUCGGAGGCUUUAAUGGGCUCGUUGCCGAGCAGCCGCGUCACCGUAUCAAGGCCAUUCUCGCAGUGCGGCGUGGAUUACGCCGGCCCGAUCAUUUUAAGGGAAGGAAAACGACGCAACGCCCGCAACCACAAGGCGUACAUUUCGAUUUUCGUAUGUUUCGCAACGAAAGGUGUUCACAUCGAAUUGGUGAGCGAUUUAACCUCCGAGAGUUUCGUGGCGGCGUUGCGGCGUUUAAUUUCCCGAAGAGGCAAGCCCUCUUGUAUAUAUUCCGACAAUGGCACCGCCUUCGUCGGGGCCUACAAGCAGCUUAAGGAAUUUUAUGAAUUCCUGAGCGAUACUCAAACGCAGAGCGAUGUACAGCAAUUCCUUCGCGAACAACAAACGACGUGGAAUUUUAUUCCCCCGAACGCGCCGCAUUUUGGCGGCCUAUGGGAAGCCGCUGUAAAGUCAGCCAAGUACCACAUGUCGCGAAUCAUCGGUAAGGCCCAUUUGACCUUCGAAGAAAUGUCGACAGUGCUGUGCGAGGUGGAGGCGAUUCUCAAUUCCCGGCCACUCACGCAGCUGAGCUCUGAUUCAAACGACUUGGCAUAUCUUAGUCCAGGGCAUUUUCUAAUCGGUGCCCCGCUCAACAGCAUUCCUUGCCACAAUGUGCAGGACAUAAAUGAAAACCGGCUAACGCGCUGGCAGAGAGUGGAGCAAAUACGCCAGCAUUUUUGGCAAAGAUGGAGUAAUGAAUAUCUCCACUCCCUGCAGGAGCGAACCAAAUGGAGACUCAAUAAGGGCAUGCAGUUGAAACCGAACCAACUGGUGCUCAUUCGACAACAAGGCUUGGCUCCUUUACAGUGGCUCCUAGGUAGAGUGCAGGAAGUGCACACCGGUUCCGAUGGCGUCACGCGCGCCGCUACCGUCCGUACGGCCAAGGGGUCAUUAACAAGACUCUUGUCCAAACUAGCGAUAUUACCGAUAGACGUAGAUAUAGAUUAA